GAUGUCUUUAAUUUAUAGAUCGCUGAAACCUAGGCAGAUUAGCAAAUUAUUAACACGCUCAUACUCACAGCAGCCAGCCAACUCUGAUCCUGAUUCCACUUCGGCUUAUCAGUACAAGUUAGAGCACUCACCGAGAAGACCACCACCUUUGCCUGCCCAAGAGCCUCCAAGAAGAUGGACAGCAGAGGAGUCCGUAAAGAACAUCCUUUAUAAUACUCCUCCACCUUUGACUCAACCAUUUAAGAGACACAUCUUGAAUGCACUCGUACAAAAUGAACCUGGUGUUCUUAGUCGUGUAUCCGGUAUUUUAGCCGCAAGAGGUUUUAACAUCGACUCAUUAGUCGUCUGUCGUACAGAAGUUCGCGAUCUUAGUCGGAUGUGCAUCUGUAUCAGAGGUCAAGACGCAGUCGUAGAGCAAGCGAGAAGACAACUCGAAGAUUUAGUACCUGUAUGGGCUGUACUUGAUUACACUAACACUAGUGUCAUCGAACGUGAACUUUUGUUGGUUAAAGUUUCCCUCCUUGGUCCAGAAUACUUUAAUGAACAUUUCAAACCAUCAAGUUCAGAUCCCUCAUUUAGCUUAGAGUCAGCUAGGACAUACGAUGAAGCUAUCACUCAAUUCUCGAACACCCAAAGACCUUCUGAAGUUCAAGAAGAUUUGACCAAGAUGUCAUUAUCUGAGGCAUUACGCACAAAGCACGCACAUUUGUCUGCGUUGAAGAACCUCGCUGAACAAUUCAGUGGUAAAUUAGUUGACGUUAGCUCAGAUAGUGUAAUUGUUGAGGUUACCGGUAAAAGCACCAGAUUGGACGCUUUCCUCGGUUUAGUUAGAGCUUUCGGUGUACUUGAAGCUUCUAGAACAGGUAUGAUGGUCAUGCCUAGAACACCAUUACCAGCUAGCUGGGCGGAGGAGAUCGACGCAGCAGCCGAAAUUGAUGAAGUCGACAGCUCACUCUUACCUCCAGGUUAAAAGUUUCCUAUUUACUGCUUUUCUUUUAUUUUAAAUACAUUUCAUUGGGAUUCC